AUGAAGAACUCACUCUGGGGCAUUGCAGCCUUCCUCCCUGCUGUCCUCGCGGCAGAUAUCUAUGUCUCUCCUGAUGGCUCAGACAACGCUGCAGGAACUAUCAAAGCACCGCUGCGUUCCAUCCAGCUAGCGGUGGACCAGGCGUCUGCCGGAGACACCAUCUACCUACGUGGCGGGACAUACUCCCCGACGUCAAACAUCCAAAUCACCAAGAGCGGCACGGCGUCAGCGCCGUAUGUUCUCCGCGCCUAUGAAGGCGAGGCAGUCAUCAUCGAUGGCGAAAAGCUUCCGGGUACACCAGCAGACCUAGAUGCCUCGCUGCCCAACAGCGACCGCGGAAUCCUGCACAUUGAGGAUGCAGAGUACUGGGAGUUCUACGACCUUGAGCUAAUCAACGGGCCGUAUGGAGUGUACUCGCGGGAUGCAUCGAACAACCAUUACGAGCGCAUUGUUACAAGGGAUAACUACGAGACUGGCUUCCAGAUCCAGGGCGCAGCCUCUAACAACGUCGUCCUGUAUCUCGACUCGUACGGGAACCGUGACCCGCGCAAGAACGGUGAGAGCGCAGAUGGGUUCGCCUGUAAGGAGGGCUCGGGAGAGGGCAAUAUCCUCCGUGGAGCACGCCUGUGGAAUAACGUCGACGAUGGACUUGAUCUAUGGGAGUUCAAGUCCGCCGUAACAAUUGAAGACACAAUCUCCUGGGGAAAUGGCUUCAACCGAUGGGACUUCACCCCUUUCGAAGGCGACGGCAACGGCUACAAGCUCGGCGGCGGCGACGACGCAGACAUCGGCCCCGCAAACCACGUUCUCACAAACUGUAUCGCCUUCAGCAACGCCCACGACGGCUUCACCGACAACUCGCAGCCAGGCAACUUCGUCCUCACCCGCAACACAGCCUGGGACAACGGCGCCAUUGGCUUCCGAUUCGGGACGGCUGUCGCGACGCUCACGGGGAAUAUCGCUGCGUCGAAUGGAGAGAAGCCGACGAGUCUGAGUAAGGAGCAGAUCUCUGAAGGGAAUUCGUGGGAUGGGGGUGAUACUUGGGAUGAUGACAGUUUUCUGAGUGUUGAUACGGAGCUUGUGCAGGGGGAAAGGAAUGUCGAUGGGAGGAUUGAGGCGAGUGAUUUUUUGAUUCCGGUUUCUGGCGAGGAUAUUGGGGCGACGACGGAGUGGAGUGUUUAAGAAAUCUCGGUUAAGCACUACAGUCAUGACGUUUUCUCCCCUCGAGCUGGGUUCUAAGGGCUCUAGGAAUCUGGAUGGACGCUGGAUGGACGCUGGAGGACAGCUACCAGGUGAUCUCCUCUAUAUUCGUGGACAAAUAAUUGUGAAAUCUACAUCCUUCCAUUCCAACAGACAGGGAAGAACUGGAG